CGACGAUCUGAUGUUAGAGUACGGUAGGUGGACAUUGAGGAAAAUGUGCUAUGCUGUCAUAAUAAAUGAUAUAAUUUGAAGUUUUUCUAUUUUCCCUUUUUUUGUGUUCUUCUAUUUGUUCAGGAUUGUCUGAUUGUGAUUGCCAAUGCAUGCUUGCUUGUUUUUCUCACUUCGUCAAACGAUAAAACUUUAUCAAAUUUUAGAUUCGUACAUCUCAGAAUUUUAUUCGUCCGGCAAAUGGAUGAUUAAAAAUCUAGCUUAUUGUCUCUUUACAUCCCAUCUUGUUUUGAAAAGAAGAUCAUCAUGGUAUUCCUGUGUAGCUGAUAAAAUGUCUUCAAGUUUUCCAAAUUCUUAUAGCAGUUCACACUUGAACAAACAUACUUUUCAUCAUUCCCCAUCAAGCAACAGUUUCAGCAACAUGUCGUUCGGAACAGGAAGGGUUUACAUCAAGUCGCAAAACUGUUUGGUUCUCACUGUUGGUGUUAUUUUAUUGAGUUUGAUAUUUUUAAUUUUUGGAAUGUGGAGUAAUCGAAUCGAAUUUCCAUAUUUUAAAACUGCUAAAAUCGAAUAUGGGAUUAUGAUAGAUGCUGGUAGCACAGGAUCACGGGUUCAUGUAUACAGGUUUAUAUCUUAUGGGAAUUCUCAGCCAGUUCUUCAGGAUGAAGUUUUCGAGCAGGUGAAGCCGGGAUUAUCUUCAUACGCAGAUCGUCCUGUUGAUGGUGUUAAAAGUAUUGAAUCGCUAUUAGAUAUAGCAAGAAGAAGCAUUCCUGAAGAAAUGUGGAUGAAAACUCCAUUGGCAUUAAAAGCAACUGCAGGACUGAGGUUACUCCCUGCUGAACAAUCUAAAGUUCUUUUAGAAAAAGUUUAUAAUUUAUUUGACAAUUCUCCAUUCAAAAUACCUGAAGAUCCAGUAGCAAUAAUGGAUGGAAAAGAUGAAGGCAUUUAUGCAUGGCUCACUGUGAAUUAUCUGCUCAGUCUGAUUGGCCAAGACACUGUUGGAACAAUCGAUUUAGGGGGGGGAUCUAUGCAAAUCACUUUCUCCCCUGUGGAACGGAAGACAAUAGAUACAGCACCUGAUGGUUUCAUCCAGGAAACAUCUGUAUUCAACAACAGGAUGCAAGUUUAUGUUCACAGCUAUUUAGGUCUUGGUUUGAUGUCUUCAAGGGAAUUGGUUUUGGGUGGUCCCACUAAUCCUCCUGGAUCGAUGGAUGUUACAUCACCUUGUAUGCCCAAUGGAUACUCGGGUGACUGGAAAAAUGCUCAAUCAUUGUAUCAUAUCAAGGGAGAAACUGCAGGAAGUGAAAAAUUCGAUACAUGUCAUGAAAUAGUGAAAAAAGCAAUUGCAGGAAAAAUAAAUCGUCCCGACGAACUUAAGCGAGAAGACUUUUAUGCAUUUUCAUACUAUUUUGAUCGGGCUGCGGAGAAUGGCCUCAUUCAUCCAGAAGAUGGUGGUCUCAUAACUGUUUCAGAAUAUGAAAGUGCUGCUCGAAAAGUUUGUAGUGCUGAGGAUUUUGAUCCAGAUUCGCCAUUCAUGUGCCUUGAUUUGACUAUUAUAACUACAUUUUUGCAAGAUGGUUUUGGAUUCCCACCCGAUAUGAAACUCCAGGUCAGAAAAAAAAUUAAAGGAAAAGAAAACAGUUGGGCAUUGGGCGGUACUUUUUUUCUGAUGACAGGAACUUGACAAACCUUGAGUGUUAAUAGAAUGCAGUAUAAAAAUAAGAGUUGGCUUUUGAUUUGCUGUUUUUUUUGUAUUUUUUUAUAAUGCGAAUAAUCUGGUCAUUGUUUUUAUCACAAUUUCGGUGCAAUUUUUGAUAAUGCAUUGUUAUUUGGGUAUAAAUUUGUGCUAUGAUGCUUAACGGCAUUCGUCACUAAAUGUUAUUACAAUCUAAUGCUCAAACUGAAUCACCGAAUUAGUCAUUACAUAAACAUUGUAUUUGGAUAUACCAAACUGUUUAGUACAUGCUAAAGGAACGCUCCUCUCGCAAUUUUUUGUACAAUGCUAAUUGCUAUGUAUAUACAUAAUUUAUGCGCUAAUCGUUGUUAGAUUUUAUUUUGCAUUUUUUUAUUUUAAUUUGUAAAUUGAUCCUCUAUUGCUGCAGCCAUUCAAAUAUUAGUAGUGAAGAAUAGUUUUACUAAUUCAGAGCAGUAUUACAAUGGUACAUUUCGUAAAUGGUGACUAUGAGGCAAAUCUGUCCUUGCAUUACAUACAUAUGAUUGGAAUCCAAUACAAUAUAGACAUCCUUGUUCAGUAAUCAAAAUACUUAUAUAGCACUGAAAAUUUUUUCGAUGAAAUUGUCUCUUUCUGCAUUUUAUUAUUAUCAUUGUAAUUCUUGAUAAAGAUCUAUUAAAAAUAAAUAUCUUGCGAGCAUGAUACUAAUCUGAAUUUAUUGGCGAAAUUAUUUCAAACCAUAUGUUUUCAUUUGUAUGACACUUCAACAGAAAAACAAGUAUUUUUCACAUCAAUGUGUCGAUGGUUUUAGGGGGCAUGCGACAAGGUGUCAGCUUGUUAAAAUGUUUGGGACCGGUUCUAUUUGUCUGUCCUUGGUUAAUCCAACAAGGGAAAUUUUCCCAAUAUCCAAUUAUUCAAGCACUUUCCAAUUAUUCAAAUUGGAUAAUGGCCAAAUUUAUUAAAUUUUAUUAGAAAUGAGAAAUUCGAUAAAUAGUGAUACCUUUAAAAUAAAUGACAUAUUACUCAGAUAUUUCCUAGCGGGCAACUUAUUUAGAUGGACAUACUGUGAUUUUUACAGAUUUGUGUGUAAGAUUAUCUGUUUGCCUUGUGGUAAUUCGGCUUGUACAAGUCCCUGAUUUGAUAAGAAACAUUGAAUUUCUUUUUUGCAAUAUGGAUGAAUCUAUAAGUAUAAGUUUAUUUCGACUCCAUAAUCAGCAAUAGACGAUAAAAAAAUAGAUAAAAGUAACUGUCUAUUGUGUGAUUCUUCAUUUCUAUGUGUUUUAUUGAGUAUUUUUGUCACAUUGAUAAUCAACCGUUGCUUUGUGCUUUUAUAUAUAAAAUAUUCCUUGAUGAAGCCUUGUUGAUUUGCACUCGCAUUUAUUUUUUGAAUAAUUUUCCCACUAUGAAGUGAAAUAAUAUACAAUCCAGUAGUCUUCUGGAACCAGUAAAAGGCGUGAAUUAUUCCAGUGGAUUUAACCCCGAAUUUUAACCCAGAGUAUGUCUAGAAGAAAUUGAACUAGAAAACGGAAGCACCAUUUGUGUAAUUUUCCGUAGUUCCCGCAAUUUGGAAUGGGCAAUUUCCCGUAGUUCCCGUUUCCCGCAUUUUAGGGUUGCCCGUAUUAAAUGUCAUUCAUACUUUCAGUGUUCGAUGUGCGACUCCUACUUUGAGAUAGCAUAAAGAAAAUCAGUACCAACUUUGGAGGUACUAGCUCCCGAAAUGUUCCCUCCGACUUGUCGUGCGACAUUGAAUGGAUAGACGCCCUUGCAAAAAAAUCUUGAACAAAAUAUUCACUUAGCAUUGUUAAAAUUUCAUAAUCAGCAAUACUAGUACUUCAAUUAUCUUUUACAUUUUGGUGCUUGAUGAUAUUUUUUGAAAUAUACGCCAGAAAGAUAAAUAAA